AUUCACUAUCCAUUACUUUGGUGGGCAAUAUUUAAUCUCCAAUUCAUUAAAUUCAAAAUUUAAACCAAGCUUCAGUUAUAAGUUAUAUUCGUGAAAAUUUAUAAGGAACCCAAAUUUAGGAGGAUAAUCAGGCACCUAGGAAUCUAGGUAGACUUGGAAAAAAUCAUGUCGCCCUUCAAUCUUGAGACAUGUGCAAGAGCCAACAUCUUGGCUCUAGAACCGUAUCGCUGUGCGCGGGACGAUUAUAAGGAUGAUGGAACAAACAUUCUUCUUGACGCCAACGAGAAUGCCUAUGGCCCACCCUUAACACCGGGUACCGUGUCGGCUGCUUCCAAUGGCGUCGGGGCCGAGAUAGAUUUCCUAGGCUUGCACAGAUACCCAGACCCCCACCAACGGGAUCUAAAGCAGCUGCUUUGCAACUUGCGCAACAAGCACAGCCACACGAGCAAGUCCAUCACGCCGGAUAACCUAUUCGUCGGUGUUGGCAGUGACGAGGCCAUCGAUGCGCUGCUACGAUGCUUCUGUGUGCCCGGGAAGGACCGUAUCUUAGUUUGCCCUCCGACGUACGGCAUGUAUUCCGUUUCGGCGCAGGUGAACGACGUGGGGUUAGUUAAGGUGCCCCUAUUACCAGCCCCAACGUUCGCACUAGACGUAGCCAAUGUUUUGGAGGCACUGUCAACCGAGAACAAUAUCAAGAUGGUAUACCUAUGCACCCCGGGAAACCCCACAGGCACGGUACUGGCCAAGGAAGAUGUCAAGCCGAUCUUAGAGCACCCAACCUGGAACGGUAUUUUGGUUCUCGACGAGGCCUACGUCGACUUUGCGCCAGACGGAACAUCGUUGGCGGAAUGGGUGGCCGAGUGGCCUAACUUGGUCGUCAUGCAGACGCUAUCCAAGGGGUUCGGCAUGGCGGGCAUCCGACUCGGCGCAGCCUUCGCGGCACCGCCCGUCGCGCGCCUGCUCAACAGCCUCAAGGCGCCGUACAACAUCUCCAGCCCGACCAGCGCGCUCGCAUCCUACGUCGUCUCCGAGCAAGGCCUCGCGACGGUGGAAGCCAACAAGGCCAAGCUCGUGGCGCAGCGCGCCAGACUGCUCGCGGAGCUGCCCAAGAUCCAGGGCGUGGGCCGGCUCCGCGGCGGCACGGACAGCAACUUCUUGCUGUACGAGAUGCUGAACGCAGAGGGCAAGCCGGACAACGUGACGGCGCUGGCGGUCUACGAGACGCUGGCGGAGGACAAGAGCGUGGUGGUGAGGUUCAGGGGCAAGGAGCACGGGUGCUUUGGAUGUCUGCGGAUCACGGUGGGCACGGAAGAGGAGGUUACAAGGUUUUUGGCAGCGAUAGAGCAGGCGCUACGGGAGGUCAACGGGUCCAAGACGGAGGCGGCGGGUGAUGAGGCGAAGAGGGAGACUGCAGCGAAUGAUGUUGUCGCAUAGGUACCUUAGGGUAGUUAAAAGGUGGAGUGGUUGAUAGAAAAAAUAGAAUUCUAAAUAGACCAUAGUUAAAAGAGGUGUAAUUUUGUAAAGGACCGGCAUAUAGGUAUAUUACUUA